CGCUGGAGAAGUGCAGCCCCGGCUGGGACAGCUUCCAGGGAGCCUGCUACAAGCACUUUUCUACCCGGAGGAGCUGGGAAGAUGCGGAGACCCAGUGUAGGCAUUACGGGGGGCACCUGGCCACCAUCCUGACCCCUGAAGAGCAGGACUUCAUCAAUG